CCGCUGUUUAUAUAGCAAAUCUUGCUCGCAAACACUGCUGUAUCAUAUUCAUACAGUCUCUAAAUGUUUGAUCAAGUGGAGACCUCUGAUUAAUUUAAUAACUCAAGCAUUAUAGGACAAAAGAAAAUGACAGAGCAAGUAUGUCACUGUGACAUCUGUUUAAGAACAUUUUCAUCUUUUGAAAGAUUACGAAAACAUUGGAAUAAAAAGCACACAGAAAUGCAAGCCAUAGGCUGUUGUUUUUGUGAUUUUAUAGUUAAAGAGGAGCCAUUGUUUGCUACACAUAAAAAGGAAUUUCAUCCAAACAAUCAGAUGGCGUGUGAGUUCUGUGCUUAUACCACCAGGAAAUGGAGUAAGCUGAAAAAACAUCACACCAAAGUUCAUGUGGUUUUGUAUAAAGAAAACAUUGCUGCUGAUUUACACAAGAUAAACUUCAAAAAGAAAACAGUGUUAUCUUCAUGUAAAUUCCCAACAGGUUACAGAUUAACUUCUUCAAAUUGUGGAAAUGUAGAAGUCAAGUGCUCAAUACUGAAGGAGAAAGAAAAUGUAUUAUCAACUAAUGAAAUGACAGCUGAGCUUUACCACAAUAAAUUCAAAACAUGUGACAAAUUGCAGUUAAAUCAUGAAAAUAAAACAGCUGCACCUCAAAAGUUACAAAAUUUACCAGGGCAAAAAUGUGAAUGUGCUCUAGAGAAUUGUACAACUUGUCAACUAUACCAUAAUGAUAAACAGAGAGGCAGUGAUCCUCCAACUGAGAUUUCUGUGUGUGACAUUUGCCAAAAAAGUUUUAAGUCCCUAUCUCAUUUGGCUUCUCAUAAAAUUGUACACACUCCAAUGCAAUGUUACGUCUGCUGCCACUGUGGUAGAAGCUUUAACAUUGGAGAAGAAUAUGAUCUACAUUUAAUUAUACAUUUUAGGCAAAAACCUUUUAAAUGUGAAAUUUGUGAAAAAUGCUAUGCAGAUAAACAAUACCUAAAAGCUCACAUUAGAUUGCAUAAUGGAAAAUCAAUUCACAAAUGUGAGAAAUGCAAUUACACGUCACCUUAUCUGUGUCGGCUAAAACAACAUCAAAAGAUUCAUCUAAACUUUCAAUGGUGUUGAAAAUGUACAAACUUGUGAUAUUUGCCAGAAAAGCUUUGUUUCUUCAGCCCAAUUGUUGUCCCAUCAACUGGUACAUACACCUUUACAGCUUUAUAUAUGUAGUCUUUGUGACAGAGGUUUUAACUUAGCAGAUGAAUAUGAACUGCAUCUCAUAAAUAAACACUUCAGACACAAACCAUUUAAAUGUACAUUGUGUGAGAAAGCUUAUGUCAGCAAAGAUAGUUUAAGAGUUCACACAAACAUUCAUACCAGGGAUUUAUUGUAUAAGUGUGAUAAAUGUGAGUACACAACAAAUGAAAGAAAUCCUUUCUUAGUUCACAGGAGAGUUCACAUGUACACAAAGCCUCAUAAAUGCAAUGUUUGUGACUAUUCAACAGCUUCUAGAGGUACUCUAGUAAAUCAUUUAAGGACUCACUCUGGUGAGAAGCCAUUUUGUUGCAACCUAUGUGAUAAACGAUUUAGUCUACGUGUAACCUUACUCUCACACAAACAAAUUAUGCAUCUAGUUUAAUGAUUCCACUGAAGACACACUAUGCUUAGGAUAAAACUGCUGUGACUGAACAAACUAAAAUCUAUGCUGCAAUUUAAUUUUUUUUAUAUUGACUAUUGUAGUAAAAACACUGGUGUUUUUUUUGCAUGCCUCUCAUUCUG